AGACUCGCGAUUUUUUGGAAGACUCCCCAUGUUGCUGCUUCCUGUACUGAAACACCGAAUUCCGUCUCCGCAGUCUGCAACCAAGCUUCACACCCCGGCUCCAUACAGGGGAAGGUCUACAAGUGUACCCCUUUAACCUUCGAACGCUAACAAUCCUCGGUCAGUGACCAGACAGUCCUGUCAACCACAGCCGUUGUCCUUGUGGCGAGGGCCGCUCUGAUUUGAGGAACGCAGCACACGAUUUCCGUAGGGGAGGUGGUGCUAGCUGGACAAGAAGCGAAAGGAACAGUAAUGUGUACAAAUCUAGUGUACUAUUAUAGCUAGUUGGUUUUUAAAAUAUACCUUACUCGUUAGAUAUCUAAAAUAGUCAAAUGCACCUGACCUGAUGGUGAAGUGCAUGUGUGAUUGUCCUUACAAACAUCUGUCUGUCAUGCUCGCAAAGUAACUAGCUGGCUAAGCCACUAACAGCCAGCAACAUUUACCCCUGUUGCUGUUUUAGAACAACUUUGAAUUAUCAGUUCCUUGUACUGAUUUGCUUCGGAAAGUCGUCCAGGGCACUGUAAAAUAUUUCGAUAUGGCUCCGAAGAGAAGACCCGUUCCCCUAAAUAUCACGCCCAUUGGAGAGGGGCAGUCCAUCUCCACAACCAUCGAUGCUGCGUCUGAAGCCAAUCUGGAGGCCUUACAAAAGAAGCUAGGAGAGCUAGAUUUGGACGAACAGCAGAGGAAACGUCUGGAGGCUUUCCUCACCCAGAAAGCCCAAGUGGGCGAGCUGAAAGAUGAUGAUUUCCACCCCAUAUGUGAGCUGGGCGCUGGCAACGGUGGAGUGGUCAACAAGGUCCGCCACAAACCCUCCAGACUGGUCAUGGCCCGAAAGCUCAUCCACCUGGAGAUUAAGCCUGCCAUCAGGAACCAGAUCAUCAGAGAGCUGCAGGUGCUGCAUGAGUGCAACUCUCCCUACAUCGUGGGCUUCUACGGGGCCUUCUACAGCGACGGAGAGAUCAGUAUCUGCAUGGAACACAUGGAUGGAGGCUCUCUGGAUCAGGUGCUGAAGGAAGCCAGGAGAAUCCCUGAGGAGAUCUUGGGCAAAGUCAGCAUAGCAGUAAGUAUUACUGAACUUAAUUAAGAUUUCAAUUGUUGGUGCUUAAUUGGUGGUGUUUGCAUUCAUUUGGUAUUUCUUUCAUAAAUACCCAAGGUAAGUUUAUUAAAAAGUGUGUGUGUAUAUAUAUAUAUAUACAUAUGUGUAUAAUAAUAAUAUAUAUAUUAUAUAAUAUGCUCUAAUUAUUUGUUACUUUUAUCAUUGUUUUAGGCAUUUUAUUAGCUGUAUUGUUGGUUAAGGGCUUGUAAGUAAGCAUUUCACUGUAAGGUUGUAUUUGGUGCAUGUGACAAAUAAAAUUUGAUUUGAUAUUGUUGAUCUAAACGCAACCUGGCAGUUUGUCACAACUGUGAUCAAGUGCACUCUGUUCCUUUCCCUUGUGGUUAAGGAGUUUAUUUUUGUUUCUCAAUGGAUUGUUUUUUCUCCUGUCAUUGUGAUAAUCAUGAGACACUGGAAACUCAACAUGCCUUCUCGCUGUUCUCACCAUUAACACUGUAGGCGUCAGUGCGUGUUUUGGUGUGAUAUCUUGUAUGGAUGUAACUAUGGACCCAGGCAGGGUAAAACGUCUCCGAGCUGGUCUUUGUGUAGGAUUUCAGGUCCAGGAAGUGUGGAUGGUACGCUGUCAAGAGUAUGUUGUGUUAAGUCAAAUGUUUGCAUAUCACUCUAAAAGGUACUCCGAGGACUUGCCUAUCUGCGGGAGAAGCACCAGAUCAUGCACAGAGGUAAGACAGCUCUCCAUUUGGACUAUUGUUUUACAUAUAGAUUGUACUAUGUUUUUGUGCACAUAAACGAUAUGAUUUGAGACCCUGGGUGUAGUGUUUUAUUUGGACAUAGAGAAAUAGUGUGAGGUGUGUUUUGGGUGUAUCUUGAGUUGAGGGGUUGUAACGUUUAACGUUUGGUGUAUAAUAAUGUUCUGGGGCUGAGGGUGAUGGUGGUGUGUUUUGAGCUGAGGGUUGUGGUUUACAGUGUUUAUAAUUGAGAGCCCCGGUGUGUGGUGGUGUAUGUGGAGCUGAUGGGUGGGCUCUGGUGUGUCGUGGUAUAGUGUUGUUCUGGAGCUGAGGUCCAUGGUACAGUGUUUUGGGCUGUGUUGUGGCAGGGCUGAGGCAGAGCUGUCCGGGAGCCCAGGCGGUAAUUACAGGCUCUCAGAUGUGAUUACAUGGCAGCCACGCCCUGCAGCCCCCUCCCUCCGUCUCUCCCUCUCAUUCUCGCCCCUGUCUCCCUCUCUCAUACUCGCCCCUGUGUCUCCUCUGAAGUGGGAGGGGGUCACCACAGAGGAUGGAUGUCAGGUCUACAACCCCAUUAUUUAGUUUCAAUUUUCCAGACUGUUUGUGAUUAGGGGGAUUGAGGAGGGUUUGGCUUGUUUGUAUGGUCUCAACUGUAACUGUAGUGUUCAGCUCUAGCUACCACAGAGUAGCUUUGUGAAAUGUGUCAGUGUUGAGGUGUCUGGCAUGGUAGUGGGGCUUGGACAGGGAUGUGGGGAAGGGGCAGCUGGUGCUUCUGGGACCUCGGCCUUCUCUCUCUCUGGGACCUCGGCCCUCUCUCUCUCUCUGGGACCUCGGCCCUCUCUCUCUCUCUGGGACCUCGGCCCUCUCUCUCUCUCUGGGACCUCGGCCCUCUCUCUCUCUCUGGGACCUCGGCUCUCUCUCUCUGGGACCUCGGCCCUCUCUCUCUCUCUGGGACCUCGGCUCUCUCUCUCUGGGACCUCGGCCCUCUCUCUCUCUCUGGGACCUCGGCUCUCUCUCUCUGGGACCUCGGCUCUCUCUCUCUGGGACCUCGGCUCUCUCUCUCUCUCUGGGACCUCGGCUCUCUCUCUCUGGGACCUCGGCCCUCUCUCUCUCUCUGGGACCUCGGCUCUCUCUCUCUGGGACCUCGGCUCUCUCUCUCUGGGACCUCGGCCCUCUCUCUCUCUCUCUCUGGGACCUCGGCUCUCUCUCUCUGGGACCUCGGCCCUCUCUCUCUCUCUCUCUGGGACCUCCCCCCUCGGCCCUCCCUCUCUCUGGGACCUCGGCCCUCCCUCUCUCUGGGACCUCGGCCCUCCCUCUCUCUGGGACCUCGGCCCUCCCUCUCUCUGGGACCUCGGCCCUCCCUCUCUCUGGGACCUCGGCCCUCCCUCUCUCUGGGACCUCGGCCCUCCCUCUCUCUGGGACCUCGGCCCUCCCUCUCUCUGGGACCUCGGCCCUCCCUCUCUCUGGGACCUCGGCCCUCCCUCUCUCUGGGACCUCGGCCCUCCCUCUCUCUGGGACCUCGGCCCUCCCUCUCUCUGGGACCUCGGCCCUCCCUCUCUCUGGGACCUCGGCCCUCCCUCUCUCUGGGACCUCGGCCCUCCCCCUCUCUCGUACCUCGGCCCUCCCCCCCUCUCGUACCUCAGCCCUCCCCCCUCUCUGGAACCUCACCUGUCCUCCCUGCUCUGCCACGCAGACGUCAAGCCCUCCAACAUACUGGUGAACUCGCGCGGGGAGAUCAAGCUGUGUGACUUCGGCGUGAGUGGCCAACUCAUCGACUCCAUGGCCAACUCCUUCGUGGGAACGCGCUCCUACAUGUCGCCGGAGAGACUGCAGGGCACACACUACUCUGUGCAGUCGGACGUGUGGAGCAUGGGCCUGUCCCUGGUGGAGCUGGCCAUCGGCCGUUACCCCAUCCCCCCGCCUGAUGCCAAGGAGCUGGAGGCCAUCUUUGGCCGGCCCGUACAGGACGGAGCCGAGGGGGAACCACACACCAUCUCCAACCGCCUCCCCAGACCACCAGGAGGUCGACCAGUCAGCGGACAUGGGAUGGACAGUCGACCAGCCAUGGCGAUAUUUGAGCUGCUGGACUACAUUGUCAAUGAGCCUCCUCCCAGGCUGCCACUUGGUGUCUUCACCAACGAUUUCAAUGAGUUUGUGACAAAAUGUCUGAUCAAGAAUCCAGCAGAGCGAGCUGACCUGAAGAUGCUGAUGAACCACACGUUUAUCAAGCGUGCUGAGGUGGAGGAGGUGGACUUUGCUGGCUGGAUGUGUAAAACCAUGGGCCUCAACCAACCCAGCACCCCCACCCGUGGCACUGAAUGAGAAACCCAACGCCAGCUGCUUCCCACAUGAGGAUCCCCAGUGCCUCACUGUGUCUCUCGCUCACACACACACACACACACUUUGGCACCCCUUUCGUCUUGCUCUUAAGAGGUUUCAGCUCUUAAGUAUACUUAUCAUCAACAGGGCCCAUUUACUCAUUGUAUGACCACAGGUUUCCCAUACCAGUGUCGUGGUAGUCACACACAUGCUAUUUUCUCCUAUCAUAUUAAAGAUGAGGUACAAAGCAUGGAAGGACUGCCAGUUUAUCAUUUCAUGAAUUGCCAUUGAUAUCAUCUUACCACUUGUAUUGGUAAAUUAUGUUCAUGGUUUGUGCAACAGCAUAUUGGUGUAGGCUGUAGAGGAGCUAUCUUUGACAAUGAAAGUGUCCAUGACAGAAAUCAAGUUAAGUGCUUUGAAGGUACAGGAGGACUGCAAACCAAAAAAGGUUCUCAUCAUGACUACUAAUGUUUUGGAUAUCAUGCCUGAUCAAAGUACUUAGUUUUGUACAUUCAUGAACAGUACAUUUUUGAGGAUACUUUCAAUGUUGACAUUUUUAUUUGAUUUUAAUGGUCAUUAAACACUGUAAAAUGAACAUCAAAUGUGCUCAUUUUACAAAAUGGAAUGAUUUACCAUCUUAUAUUUUCCAGACACCCGAGGUCAUUAUUUUGUUUUUACUUGUAUUUGUAUCAACUGCCUGAAACUCAUUUGUCAAGUUAGAAUCUCUCAAACCGUGACUACAGAUGCUCUGAAAGGUUCCGAUUUUUGCCAGUCUACUCAAUUUAUUCCCCAGAGUGUUUUUCGGUUCUGCUCCACUGUUUUGCUUUGCGUGAGUAAGUGUAACCUCCACUCCAAGCGUUCUCUUUGUGAAGCCCCAGCGUGGUGACUGGCUUUGUGCAGGCGGGUGGGUGGUGGUUGUAACAUGUAUUAGCCUGUCGUCUAUAAGAGCCCAUGUACUGUAUGUAUUCUCUGCUUCUGGCUGAUUUUAUCAUUCUCAACAGACUUGCAUUUGUUGGUAACAAAGUGGAUGCAUUGUCGCCUGUAUGUGUAUAAAGCUAUAAAAACAGUACGCAAGUACUAUUUAGCAGUCUUAAUUAAGAAACAAUGUUUUUGACUCGUAUAGGGGGAAGUGGAAGAGAUGUCAUUUUAUUUUAAAAUGUGUUGGAUACGGUUGUAAUGUAAAAAUAAAACUUUGAAUGUAUAUGG